CUUCAUCUCUCUCUCUCUCUCUACAAAUAAUUAUAAAUUAUAAGUUGCUAUCAUUAUUACUCGCGCGCAGGAAAGUUAAUUUUCUGUUAUAAUCUUUGUUUGAAGAGGUUUUUAUGGCCGGAGUAGACAACCCGCUAGUCGUUGCGGAAGAAACCAAAAAUUUUAGUAGUACACAGCGGUAGAAAUAUGACGAUGGGAUCGCACCAAAAUCUUGUUUAACAACUACCCUUCUUGUAAUACACACGAAUACUUGCACUGCUCCCAUACAUAUUAAUUCAAUAUGUUCCCAGAAUCUCUCUCAGAUUUCAACUUCAGAGGCAUACUAUUUCGAUGCUGAUAUAAUUGAAGUGGCAUCAAUAGCUUGUGCUGCGAUAAUUGCUGUAUAAGAAACGAUGGGUUCUCGAUUCCAAUCUCAUCAGCUUAGCAGUGGCCUCUAUGUAUCGGGCCGCCCAGAACAGCCAAAGGAAAAAACGCCAACAAUGAGCUCGGCGGCCAUGCCCUACACGGGUGGGGACAUCAAGAAGUCGGGCGAGCUCGGAAAGAUGUUUGAUAUUCCUGUUGAUGGCUCAAAAUCUAGGAAAUCUGGACCUAUAUCCAAUGCUCCACCAAAGGCAGGAUCUUUUGCAGGAACCGCUUCUCGUUCUGGACCUAUUAAUCCCAAUGCCGCAGCCAGGUCCAGCUAUUCUUCCUCGGGUCCUGUAUCUUCCAUGGGGGUAUCUGGUUCUACGUCAAUGAAGAAAUCGAAUUCUGGGCCACUUAAUAAACAUGGAGAACCUAUUAAAAUGUCCUCCAGCCCUCAAUCUGGGGGAGUGACGCCUAAUUCCCGCCAAAACUCUGGUCCUCAACCUCUAAAUCUUCCUGCAACAGGUCUCAUCACAUCUGGACCCAUUACAUCUGGGGCCCCAAGAAAGGUUUCUGGUCCUUUGGACUCAACGGGAUCGAUCAGGCUACGUGGUUCCUCAGUUGCUUACAACCAGGCCAUGACGACUCUUGGUCAAGAUGAUGACUAUUCCUUCAAAAGGAACCUCCCAAAAGCUAUAUUGUGGGCAAUGAUUUUACUUUUCGUAAUGGGAUUCAUUGCUGGGGGAUUUAUUUUUGGGGCUGUGCACAAUCCUAUUCUCCUCAUUGUCAUUGUGGUUCUAUUCUGCAUCGUUUUUGCUGUAUUUGUAUGGAAUUCUUGUUGGGGAAGAAAAGCUAUCAUUGGAUACAUAUCCCGUUAUCCAGAUGCUGAAUUGAGAACUGCCAAAAAUGGGCAAUAUGUCAAGGUUUCUGGGGUGGUGACCUGUGGAAACGUGCCCCUUGAAUCAUCCUUCCAAAGGGUUCCUAGAUGUGUCUACACAUCUACCAAUUUAUACGAAUAUCGAGGAUGGGAUUCUAAGGCCGCAAAUCCUACACACCGUCGUUUUACAUGGGGAAUUAGAUCAUCAGAAAAGCAUGCUGUCGACUUCUACAUUUCUGAUUUUCAGUCUGGACUAAGAGCAUUGGUUAAAACUGGCUAUGGUGCACGGGUGACUCCAUAUGUCGAUGAAUCCCUUGUCAUUGAAGUCGAUCCACUGAAUAAAGAGUUGUCGCCAGAAUUUGUCCGGUGGUUGGGAGAGAGGAAUCUUUCAAGUGAUGAUCGUGUCAUGCAAUUGAAGGAAGGUUAUAUCAAAGAAGGAAGCACAGUCAGUGUAAUGGGAGUUGUUCAGAGAAAUGAAAAUGUGCUUAUGAUAGUUCCUCCCGCAGAGCCAUUUGCAACGGGAUGCCAGUGGACUAAAUGUAUAUUUCCCUCUAGUCUCGAGGGAAUUGUUCUGAGGUGUGAAGAUACGUCUAAGAUGGAUGUUAUACCUGUUUAAUAGCUUUUCUACGAGUUUGUGCCUUGUAAAAGUUUGUUUUGUGCAGCAUUAUGUCAAUUAUAGUCGAGAUUCUAAUGUAGUUUUUAAUCAAAAGUUGGUAGAGUUUAUACUUGUUUAUUUGUUAGAUUGUGAAAGGUUUUGUAAUGUGAAUGGUUUGUAUCGUAAAAAUGAGUAAUUAUACAUUUUUGUUUGUGUA